AUGGUACAGCACAUCAAAAGGAGUGUCAAAGACUUUGCAAACAACAAUGAGGUCUUGAAAGGCACACAGUCUGGAUCCAUGGUAAACCUUCUCAUGAUAUGGGCAGCACAAGACGAAGGUGACAUAUCAGAAAAGGAGGACAUAGAGAAUGACAUUGACAUGCAAGGGUUGUCGCCAUGUAGACGCCUAUCGAUCGACUUCGAUGCUGUUGUCUUACCUGACCCUGACACUCUUGAUCUCAAUCAUCCCAACGAGCUCCCUCAGGCUUACAAGCUUGAUGAUAUCAAAGUUGAAUACCAUCCACAUAGCAAACUUCCUUCCGUUGUACAUCACUUUGCAGAUUUUUCUCACAGCUGCUCUUCAGAGGGUCAGUUCGUCCGCUUCAUUGAUGAACCAUGGACUGCUGAUGCCUUCUGGAAUGCACAAUCUCAACUUCCGCCAGAUGCAAAGCCGCUCACAUUCAUUCUGUAUGCUGACAAAAAUAAACUGUCUACUUUUGGGACUGCAAAAGGAUAUCUGAUUGUUGCAUGCAUUGCAAACCUGCCUGUUCAUAUUCACAACGGAAAUAUGACCCUAGGAGGAGGUCGCAUUGUUGGUUGGUUGCCGAUUGUUGCUAAGAAUCAAAAACAUACAAGAAAGAAGAGCAUUAUAGACUUCAAAAACGCAGUGUGGCACAAAUCCUUCUACCAGCUUCUCAAGUCAAUCGAGCUGCACUCAAAAAAUGGCUACUGGUUUGAAUGCGGGGAUCAGACUCAGCACCGUCUCUGGCCUCUGAUAUUGAUUUUAAGCGGAGAUUAUGAAGAAAAGUGUGUAAUGGCAUUAAUUCAUGGUCUGAAGGGCAAGUUUCCAUGCCCAUGCCGAUUCCCAACAGGUCCUUUGCACCGCAAGAGCAAAAUGUAUGGAAAAGAGAAGGCAGAGGAUCUAAAGGCAUGCUCACUCCAAAAUGUUGAGGAAGCUGCUACCAAACUCGAUGCAAACUUUGAUGCUAUUCCACGAUGGCCCAACUUGACACACUUUAAGGCUGUGAUGUUGGUCAAUUUCAACGAUGGUUCAUUUCACGAGGAUAUUUCAAAGCUUGUUCUCUUUACAGUGCAGGAUGUCCUACUCAAAUCAAAGUCUAAGAUAGGAUACCUCCUUCUACGCUGCAUCCACUAUUAUCUCGAGCUCAACAUCUAUGCUUCAUUCAAAGUUCACACCAAGGAGACUAUUGUGGCUGGAAGGGCGACCUUGGUUAAGUUCUCAGAAUUGAUGGAUAUAAGUUUUUCAGAUGAAUAUAUUACUCAGUCACAGCCUGAAAUGAAUAAAAAUUGGAACUUUCCGAAAAAGCACAUGAUCACCCACAUAUUCAACGAUAUUUUGGCCAAAGGUGCGACACACAACUACAACACCAAGCUGAAUGAGAAGAUGCAUGGCGCUUUACGGAAAAUUUACCUUCAAUGGACAAACUUUAAGGACAUUGCUCCUCAGAUCUUGAACUAUGAUCAUUGGCUUUUAACAUUGGCAUGUAUGCGUACCGAGCUCGAUGAGCUUGACGACUAUGUUCGAAAGGCUACCAAUGACCCAGAGACAAAUGAACCUCUGGAUAUCGAAUUAGCAGCAGACCCUGUCAUCCAUGCACACUUAGGUUCGAAGCAAGGCCAACACUCUUUUUCAGACAUUGCAUGCGCACAUGAAACUGACCGGGCCUUCAACGACUUUCAGACAAAGCUAAAUGGCUUUUUGAAUGUGUUCUUACCGCAGAAUGACAUUCCCUUACCAGAUGGAAGGGCCCUUUGUCCCGGAGCCGAGGAUGAGAUUACAGAGUUCCGCUUCCUGUGGGUGAAUUAUGAGUCCAUGGUUGAUUGGCGCAUGCACCAAGACUUACUUCGGUGCAGCCCAAAAUUUUAUGAAUCACCGAGGUUUGAUUGCGUCAUUGUCAAAACUACUGGCAAACCGUUCAUCGCUCGGCUUGUAUACUUGUUUGGCUGCUCAAUUGGUAAUACUCAUUUCCCUCUGGCCCUUAUACAUCCUUAUGAUGCUGGUAUCGGUAUUCAUCGAAGGUGGGAUGUUGAUCUGGGAUUGUGGCGUGUACGUGCAAAACCUUGGUCAUCAUCUGAGAUCAUUUCGGUCUGGUUGAUUAUCUGA